AUGUCAGAAGGGCCCAGCGAUGGCAAUGAAGCUCCGCGGGUGGUACUACCUCCGAUAGCAUACCCCAAGCGCAAAAGAAAGGGACUAUUUCUAAAGGAUAUUGAAAACAUGCUCUAUGCCAUGGGCGACACGCCCUUUUCGCUUGAAUCGACAAUCAACGCCGUCGAGGACAUCCUAGUCGAGUAUAUCGCCACGCUAUCCACACAGAUGGUGCACCGCGCCGCGUCCCAGGGCCGACGGAACCGGAUCAAGCUCAACGACUUGGCGUUUGUGCUCCGCAAUGACCCCUUGAAGCUCAGUCGGAUGCUCUACUUCCUUGAGCAAAGCCGCAAGAUUGAAAAGGCGAAAAAGAUGUUUGACGAUGGGACGCAAGAUCCAGCCAAGAAGGCGAAAAGCGGACUCAACAACAAUGACGACAGUAAUGACGACGAUAACGACAGCAACGACGACAGCAACGACGAAGACAACAAGGAGGGCCCAGAUGGCAAGGACGACGACGAGAACGACGCGGCUGCUGCUGCUGCUGCUGCCGACAACGCGGCAGAGGACCAAUUGGGCGAGCCUGUGCUUGACGCUGAGGGCAACAUCAUCCGCCGCAAGCGGAAAUACAAGAAACGCGCCGUCGAGUUGGACGAAAACGGCAACCCCAUCAAGAAGAAAUACAAAAAGAGGAAACCUCCGGGAACCGACAAGAAAGAGUGA